GUCAAGAACUUUGGCCGAAGUGGGCGAACGAAGUACACUCAUCUUGUUGAUCAAGAUACCACAUCAUUUGAGUCUCCGUGGAUGGCAGACACGACUCAAAAUGUCAAAUUCCACAACAACCAAGCUGCAGGAAUGAAACAAGUCUUCGAGAAGCCUAGUCUGAAAAAGAGGAAAAUGCCGAGCAAUUAGAGUUUUUAACUAUUUAGUCUUGUAAAAAAGUGUAAAUAAUGUAAUUUAUGUACUGUGAUAAGUGAAACAAAUUAAAUACACAUGUGUAACGUUUGUAUAAAUAAAUCGACUUUAUUAUAAAAUUGU